UUGAAACAGACGGAUGACCUCACCUAAACAUAAACAAAGUCUUCAGACAGGAUCAAGAGUUCAAGAGAAGAAGCUCAACGAUCCGCCACGGUCACCUGGAGACGAGCUUUACUCUGAAAAGAUCUUGCUGAUUUGUUUAGUUCAAGCAGAGCAUGUGCGUUGUUUGUGGGCUACACAAGCUCGGGGACAAAACGGCAACACGCAUGUUGGCUUCUCUGGGCAGAGGGGUGGACUUGGUGGCAGCUAUCCCCAGAAUCAACUCAGACAUGCCUCUGGUUCUCCUGGCUCAGCCCAGAGCAGUAGCUUCAACACAGUCCCUGAAGUUAGUGGUGGUUAUAGCCAGAGAUUUCCCAGUAGCCGCUCCACACAAACUGUUUCACAGCCGGCUAAAAGUGUCUUUGCUUCAGGCAAGUUGGUGCAGAGCAGCUCUGAGUCAAAGCCCAACUGGCAACCGACCAGGUGGAGUCAGGGAACUGUUCAAAAGAUGCCCAAGAAGAAGCCGUUUGCCUUUUCUGGUUCUAUCGCUGGUGGCAGUUCUCUCAGCAAGUACGAUAAGACUCCGAUUAGCGAGAAGAGAACUCGGCCAGUUCAGCAGGGAACACCAAGUAGGAGCAGCUAUCGGUCCAGCAGUCCUGCUUCUCUUCAGAGUCCCAGAGGAAGCUUCAAGUCUUCAGCUGUUCCUGAAACACCAGCCUCCUCUGGGAGGAAAGGUUAUUCUACGUCUACGAAGUCUUCCAGCCAGUCCAGAGCAGGUGCUGCUGCGUCACGAAGAAUCCCUGUUCGGACCAAGACCUCAGCCAGUGUCGCUGCUAGGAGAGUGUCUUCACGUCACAACCAAACUGAGAAAUAA